AAGAAAGAAGAAGAAUGUUAUGACGUUCGCUCGGAUGGCUGGGACGGCUGUACUAUGGUGCUGUACGCAAGGCCACCAGGAGGGCCGUCAGCGUGCCAGUCGCUGAGUAGACCCCGGCCCUAAGUUCCCUCGAUUAUGAACGGCUGCGAGGCGCUCACCACAUAGACGCGCACAAUGUCUCAAGUGGCCUUCUUCGAGUAUUCCCUUGGGAUCACAUUCGUUGCCUUCCUGCUUCUGUACAUGAUUGAGUUCCUGUGGGCUAUUGUGGGUUUUAUCGCCGUCAUAGGUGUCAGUCUGACUGUGGGCGUCAAAGCAGCUCGUGUCCUUAUCCGUGUCCGUGACAACAAUCAAGUCCCGCCGAUAGGCAAAGCAGUCUUCGUUACUGGUUGUGAUGUGGGCUACGGACGUAACCUAGCGGUAGAGCUAGCCAAUCGCGGUUUCCGGGUGUUUGCCUGCGUGUCCCACGGGUCACCAGAGCGUCAAGGAGAACUUAAGACUCUAAAGACUGUUACUGUACUCGAGGUGGACACACGUCAAGACCUCGACAUUAUUGAUGCUGUGAAAACUGUGCAAGAGCAAGCUACAGUGCUCUGGGCCCUCGUCCUCACCGAAGGCAUAAGCUACAUUGGUGAGGUGGAAUGGGAAGACAUCACGCAUAUCCAGAAAGUGCACGAGAUCAACGUAUUCGGCGUAUUGCGUGUUGUUCGUGCGUUCCUGCCCAUGAUACGAAGGAAUCACGGGAGGCUCGUCUUUGUCGGUGGCUACGCAGGUCGAAUGGCCUUUCCUGGGAUGGUUCCAUAUUGCAUGACGAAGGCCGCCAUCAUAUCCCUUUCAGACGGGUUGAGAAGGGAAUGCAGGAAGUGGGGCAUACGAGUCUCCGUUAUUCAUCCCUUCUACUACAAAACCUACGAUACUCCAGAGAUCGGUCAGGUCACUAGGCGACGUUCUUCGGUGCACCAGAUGGCGACAGUUCCCGCUGACGUGCUGGAGGUACUAGGGGACGAUUAUCUGUUGAACUACCGACAGCUCUGCGAAAGGAGACUGGAACUAUUUGCCCGUCACGACCUGAGGGUAGUGGUAAACGCCAUCAUGGACGCCGUAAUGCACGUACAUUCAAAGACCUACUAUGAAUGCGUGGGUCCUGUCGACAACGCUCUCUGGUGGGCACUCGAGGCGCUACCGAUCGAGUUUCAAGACUUCUGUAUGGCGAAAAUGCUCGGAGGCGCGGAAUUUAAAAAGGGCGCGAAACGAAAGAUGUCCGUGAGAAGGAGACAGUCGGCUAUUACCGUUCCCCUCUCGGCUCUAUGUGGAUCGGGCAUUAGUUCAAUAUCGUCACCUUUGACAUCUGGUUCCAUGAACAUUGGUUCGCCACUGCGCUAUAAUGAACCCAUGUCACCCGGGGCCCACCAACCGUUGGAAGAAGCCCCAAGCCCCAAGCCUAAAGAGGGGGAGACGACAGAUCCUACUUCAGCGGCUGCUGCAGCAUUAAAGGAUACAGCGCUCGGCAAGCCUGAUCCUGACCUCCCACACAAGGAAGAUGAAGUUGCUACUAUUCAUGCGACAUUUUCGUCGGCGGGUUCUGCUGGUAGCGCUCCCAAGGAUGAAACAGCUGCCCCUGCCCUUACGGAAAGUGCUCCUAAAGAUGAAACAGUUUCCCAUGCCCUUGUAGAAAGAGCUCCUGAUGAUGAAACAGCUGCCCGUGUCCUUACGGAAAGAGCCGCUAAAGAUGAAACAACUGCCCUUGCCCCUGCGAAAGAAGCUCCUAAAGAUAAAGCAGCUGCCCACGUCCUUGCGGAAGGAGCUCCUAAGGAUGAAGCGGCUGCUCCUGCGGGAGGAGCUUCUAAAGAUAAAACAGCUGCUCCUGCCCCUGCGGAAGGAGCGCCUAAAGAUGUAACAGCUGCCCUUGUCCCUGCGAAAGAAGCUCCGAAAGGUGAAGCAGCUGCCCGUGUCCUUGCGGAAGGAGCUGCUAAGGAUGAAGCGGCUGCUCCUGCCCCUGCGGAAGGAGCUUCUAAAGGGGCGGUAUCUGCUACUCAGGGAGCACCAAAAGUAGAGGAACACAGCAAAACGGCGGAAAAUCCCGAAAAGAAAUCGGAUGACAGUUCUCUUUCAGCUACAUAAGGCUGUGUGCUAACCCGUAGAAACAACCAGCCAAACGACCGCAGUGUCAGAGCAGCGUAAGGCCUCACGUAUCUAGGCAUGAUCGAUCAAAUUUACAGCAAAUAUAAUGCAUUUUAAUGGCG